CUUUGCUCGUGCCUACAUCAUGAUGUUGUUGGGCACUCAGCUGUUUGCCGACAAGUCCGGUAACCACAUUCACAUCAGAUGGCUUCCCUACGUAGCUAGGCUUAAGGAGAUGGGGACCUACAGCUGGGGGUCUGCAGCACUGGCAUGGUUGUACCGGUGCAUGUGCCGAGUGGCGAACAGACAUGUGGUCAAGUUAGCAGGCCCACUUCAGCUACUUUAGUCCUGGAUCUUCUGGCGCUUUCCUAGGUUUAGGCCUGCCAAGUAUGAUACGUUCAGCUGGCCGUUGGCCUCGAGGUACUUUAGUCAGGCUUCUCUAUUUCAAUUUAACAUAUCUAAGUCCAUGUACGCUUCUAAUGUAUUACAAAUCUGUCACACAUUUAAUUAGCCAUAACACCCAUGUGAGUUGCAGGUGGUCAGGUUACAACCCUUCCGGUAGCGAGAAGGGUCCUAGAGUGCAGAUGUGGAGACUGAGAAUAGACAUGUUACAGGACAGGGAUUUUAUCUGGAUGCCGUAUAGCUUGCUCGAGGUACUGCAGGUUGUGCAUCCGGAGGUGUUGGAGCCUCGGCAUACGGUGUUGUGGCGGUCUGUGACGUCACUGAUAUACUUUGCCGUCAUAGAGUGGCAUCAGAUAGAUAGGGUUCUACCGCAGUUCGGCGGAGUCCAUCCCCGUCCGCAUCCCGCCCUGAACAUUGACUUUCUGAUGUCGAAAGACGGUAGAAGCGGUGAUCGUUCGUUCCCGUAUGCUUUGCAGUCAUGGCAUUUUCAUCGGGGCCGCUUGGAGAUUACUUCGUUGGUGUACCAGCCCAUGACCAGACCCUUCAGGAGAGUACGCCAUGGGUUAGUCCGGGGUCGAUGUUUUCAGACUUCCUUGCAUCAGAUGGGCUUGAUGCGGACUUUGGCGGGUCACAUUUUUUAGACGAGAUUACUGCC